CAGGAUGAGCAUCUCUGGAAUAGCUGACUCUCUGGUGCACAAUUUACCAGAUGAAGAAACAAAAGCCAGCAUCUUGCAACAAGACAACAACUUCAGGCCAUUUUUUGACACAAUAACGACCGGGGGUCUCAACUACGCAUGCGCCAAAGGCGCUGACCUUGACGACCCGGCGCCAUACUUCCAAGAGGUGACCAGACGACCAAAACACGUGCUUAUCGUGGGUUCAGGGGUGGCGGGCCUGGCUGCGGCUUACGAGCUACAACAAGCUGGGCAUGAGGUCACCAUUCUUGAGAGCGAACACAGAGUCGGGGGACGCAUCAAAACAAUAAGAUUCGCAAAUGGACUUCACGCAGACGCUGGAGCGAUGAGAUUCCCACCAAGCCACUACCUGACGAUUCAUUACAUGGAACAUUUCAAUGUCCACAAAUGCCCUUUCAGAGAAAAUAACCCUCACAGCCUGUACUACAUUCACGGAGAAAAACAUACUUUAUCUGAGUGGAAUCGGAACCCUGGCUUUUACUGUGACAAGCACUGGAAGGGAUGGGACAACAAUAUCACCCCUCAAAUCAAAGAAGCUUUGAAUAUAUCCGACAUAAUGUCCUACUGGAAGGCGACUAUUGCUCCAGUGAUGAAGGAGCUAAUGCAAGAUGGGAGUACAAGUGGCUGGGAUCUCUGGGUGCGAAAGUGGAGUUCCAUGUCUCUCCACGAGUUCCUUCAUACUGACAUCAACCAGGCGACGUCUCAUAAACUGAGGCCAUGGCCACAAAUAGCCAUUGAAGGAUAUAUCUAUCUCAGCUAUGCUGCGUCCUUCCUUAACAACAGUCUGAUUGAGACUCUCCGUAAUGACAUGGGCAGGUUCAUGUUGGAACCUGUAUACACUGCCCGCGACGGGAUGGAUGCACUACCACUUGCUUUCAUGCGGCCAACCCCAAAUGGCUGGAAUCCUGAUGUUAAUCUUAGCAGAUGUAUCAAAUACGGCGUACGGGUCUACACUGUUGAGAAGGUGAUGUCUGAAGGCGGCGAAGAGCUUGCCACGGUAACGGGAUGGGACGAGGUAUCAGAUGACUCUGUAACCUACACGGGGGACGCUGUCAUCAUCACCGUUCCUCUCCCCAUCCUCCGGCAGAUGAACGUGCCCUUCUCUCCCGAGAAGCACCGUGCCAUUGCUGCUGCCCACUACAUACCGGUUAACAAGAUAGCGUUACGGUGCAGGACUAGCUUCUGGAAGUCCUCCGGUGGUCAUCAGGGUGGAAUGGCUACCACCGAUCUCCCGAUUGGUCAACUGUAUUAUCUUGAUGAGAGUAACUGUGGUUCCCCUAUCGACGAGGGUGGCGUCAUCCUAGUGUAUAAUAAGGGCCAGGACAGCGAGUUCUUUGACUCGAUAUCUGAUGCAGCAGCCAUAGAGAGUGCUGUGGAACAAGUUGCAAAAAUACAUCCCGAGAUAGUUGACGAGUUUGUAGAGGGCGUGGUGAUCUCUUGGGGGAAGAACGUCCACGCCCGUGGGGGAUUUAUACGCCAAUCCCCCGGCCAACACGAUCAAAUGAUGUGCCUUCAGGAAGCAGAACACCCAGUCUACCUUGCUGGCGAGGCUCUUUCACAUUCUCACGGCUGGGUGCAAGGGGCCAUCGAAUCGGGGCUGAUGGCAGCCUAUCAGUUCUGUCGCCAAAACGAAGCUGUUGUUUUUAAAUCUGAUUGCUCCUCUAACCCAUGUUCAGACUAACACAACAACAUGGAAAUGUUGUUGCCAGCAUCCACAUUCUUGACGAUUGUUUUUGUUUUGAAGCCUGGCUAAAUAUUAUUUGUCUUUUCACCUCCAUCCCUAUCCUCAAUCGUUUAAAAGUCGCUCUUGUUGAAGAAUUAUAAUUCAUAUAUUAUAUUUUCCUAUCCGAAGGCUAUGAAAGAAUAUUUUUUCUCAAAAUAUAUUUUCGUAAUUAACGAUCGCCCUGAUGUUGAAGUUGCUGUAAUAAUUCAUAUGUAAUAUUUAUGUUACUUGUCACAUGUUACUUUUGGUAUCCCUCGAGGGUUACCUUUGAUACGUAAAACAUCUGCAUGCUGCUAAUAACAUCGAUUAAAAGUUUCAUGACCAAAUGAUCCAGAACUCUGAGAGUAAAGUCAGAUAAUUUUAAUCAUCGGGUUAAAGUUAGUACUAGCCAUUUUCCUUGGUUCGUCCUUGUGGACAAUGUCUAAGACUUACACACUUGACGCUUCUCAAAGCGGCGAUAAACCCAAACCACUCACUGUUAAAGAAGCAUAUGGACCGCAAGGUCAAGUUAUGAAUCAUAUGACUGUUUGAUUGUUGUUUGACGCAGCACUCAGCAAUAUUCCAGCCUUAUGACGGCGGUCUGUAAAUAAUCGAGUCUGGACCAACAUGGGUUGCUGAAGACCUAUUCUAACCCAAUGAAACAUAUAACCCCUUAGGACCCAUCGCUCGACCCUUCCUGACCUCCUUCUCCCACACACACGCACGCACGCACAACACGAAAGAUUGUUUUUGGAGAUAAAAACUGCCCUGCUGAUUGUUAUUUGUCUGGAGCACAUACCUACUUCACAACUUCACGCUACUCCAAUGAAUGCUUUGUUUACUGUCGUCCAAUCGCAGCCGAUGAGAAAACGGUCACCACCUGUCCUUUAGGAAGACAAGAACCCAGUCAGCGCCGCAUACCCAGGGAACCAGGCUGGCUUUCGUUGUGGUAUUGUUACGCCUUAAUUUGAACUGCUUCUCGCGGCCAUUACAAGCUGAGAAACUGCGAGCAAUCUCUUUUCUAUGAGAAAUGUUGUGUAACAUGUUUGAAUUAUAUAUUGAAUAAACUUUAAAGUCUUGCGAGAGA